CAGCAGCACAACAGCACAGCAGCACAAGCAAAGGAGCACCGAGCAGCCCUCCAGUUUGCCUCUGCGUCGCCCGCGAUGACACAGCAGGCACUGGAGCUAGGGGAGGCUGGCGGCAUUGCUGCUGUCGGGCAUGAAAGCCGACGGUUCAACUGCAUACUCAUUCUCUGGAUGACAGUGCUCACUAUCGGCCUGGCCGCCAACCUUAGCCUCUACUUCAUUGCCAUCCCUGGAGCUCCUGGUAAAACACUGGGUAGAGAAGGUACCCAAAACCCUCCCAUACCAAACAAAGCAGACGUCACCUUUUUUGACUUGGUCCCUUCAAAAUCCGCUAAUGAAUAUGGACCUAUUUCAUGGAACAACAAGGAGGAUAUUGACAUGGAGCAAAGUGAAACCCUAAUAAGUAUUAAAGAAGAUGGGUUUUAUUUCCUCUAUGGACAGGUGACCCUCAUGUCUGGCAGUACUGGUUCUAAUACUGUGAAGAUAAUAAAGAAAAGUAGCAAUAAAGGAGAAGAAAUCGUUCUGGAGAGCUCCAUUGGUGAGAAGUCAAACUCAACCGGCUUCUUUGGAAAGAUCCUGCGCUUGGAGGCUCAGACUAGCAUUAGCAUCAACUGCUCCAACCACCACCUGCUCAAAACAGACACAAAGAAAAAUCUUUUCACCUUCGUGGGGAUUUACAAAAUGGGUAAGCUUGGGCAGUCGACUGACUGACCACUCCAGCGCAUUCAAAAGUGGACCAAAAGAAUGUAUAAAGCAACCCAUCAGUCAACCAAGCACCAGCAAAAGCCAAUGACUUGUUGAGCCAAUGAUUGUUUUCAUUAUUAUUAUUAUUAUUAUUAUUAUUACCAUUGAGUUUUUUUUUCUUUUGGGGGGGGGUGCCUUUAUGUUUAUGACAGUGGUGAUAUGACAGUGGAAAGAGAUAGAGAGAGUGGGAAACAGAUGGGGUGGGAUCUGGAAAUGACCGCAGGUCGGAAUCGAAUCUGGCCCCCCAUGGGCGGAGACCCAAUUGUGCUGCCACUUGUGCCACUGCUCCCCAGCCAAUGACUUCUUUUCCUGUUGACUGUGAAAGCACAGCCAUUUGUCUGUGAAGAUGCAGCUGGGAGACACCAGACCAGAGUGACCAUAAGUCUGUAGCUCACAGGACCAUCAUAGCUUUGUGAUUACGGUAAUGUGUAUCUCAGUGGAUGAUAUAGACCCUUUCAAUCUGUUCCUAGAGGAUUUCUGGUUAAAGCCAGUUUGAAACCAAUGCA